GUUCUGUACUUUUCCUGCCUAUUAUUUUUGUUAUUUUCCUGGGCAGUGUGGUGGCAGACCCCGCCACCCUUUGACCCCAGCAGCGCCUUUAAUCUGCCCGGAGGAAUGAGAGACAUUCUUCAGCUGCUCACAGGAGGAGGAAGAAGAGGUGGGAGGGGAAGUUACGACGUAGUAGCGGACCCAGUCAGUCAGUCAGUCAGUCAGUGAGUGAGUGACUGAAGUGAAGCAAGUUUCCAGCGACGACUCAGCCAUCACGGUUCAAACUUUUUCUCUCUCUCUCGAAAUGAACUCCCUCGGCGGCUGCGAGCGGGAUUUAGGCGGCGAUACAAGGCCGUGAUCGUGGGGUACUUCUUUUUCUUGGAGGGGGUGUGGGGUCCGGCCCCGGUGCUCCGGUGUAGCUGAAUAUGGGUCAGACCGCCGUGUCUCAGUCUGCAAGCGUUGAUGGGUUGGAGAAAUCGUCGUCGCUGGCCAGCUGUGACGUGGUGGUGGACAGCGCCACCAAUACCCAGAAUGCCCCUGGAUCACGGCAGCAGCGAGGCAAGCUGUCGUCGCUAGGAAGACUGUUCAAACCCUGGAAGUGGAGGAAGAAGAAGACAAGCGACAAGUUCCAAGAUCUUUCCAAAGUUCUGGAGAGAAAAAUCUCCACCAGACAAACGAGGGAGGAGCUCAUCAGGAAAGGCGUUCUCAUCCCUGACCAAGAUGAAACAAUCAACAGUGAAAAUCUGAAUGGCCAUGCCACAUCCAAUGUGACAUCAGAGGAGGUGAAAGUUCACAUUGAGUCUCCAGAACCACUGCUGGAGGAGCAGGCCACCGGGCCCGUCAAGACUGAGGACAAAACAGAGAGGUGUGAUACUAAACCCCCCGCCCGGGCAAACCAGGCACGACCUCGAGACGUUCAAGCUAAAAAACAGCAAAGUGCCACUCUGCCCGCCUCUUCCAAACCCGCAGGUGGCACUGCAGGCACAACCAGGCACAAAGACGGUGCCCCCGGGACUAAAAAGACCGCUAAAACCACAGGCAAGACAGGCUCGUCCACUCAAGCUAAAGCUAACCCGCGGGGCACUAACAACACUAGUCGUGGGAUUGCUAAAUCCUCCCAUCCAAAGAAGACGGGAUGCACAACAAAAACCACUCCUGCCUCCUCCACCACCCCUCGUUCUCGUGCGUCUAAGGACUCUGGCUCUGCAGCACAGACUGGCGCGACAGAUGCAAGGACCGCCCGGAAAUCAGACCCUCCCACCUCUUCCUCCAUACCUCAAAAGGCUUCUGCAGAGACUCCUAGCAAACCUGGGGAGUCAAAAUCCUCACCAGUUUCCUCAGACACCAAGUCUGCCUCAUCGAAUGAGGCAGAGGGAACUCGAGCUGCUUCUCAACCUGGACUAGAGCCCAAAUCUGCUCUGAAGGCCUCUGCUGCAGGUGAGGAGACGCACAAAGGGAAUGGACCCACAGUCCAGUCUCCCCAUAUCAACACUGUGACAGAGGACACUUCCUUUGCAGAGGGAGAGACGGACAGAAGCCCAAAAGGGGAGAAACAGGGUAGAACGGGAGGGGAAGGAGAAGAAGAACAACAGAAGAAAGGAGAAACUGAAUCUGCUGUGGAGAACAGCCCGAGGUCAGCAGAGCGCCAUGCUGAAAAGCCACAAGGCCUCAGUGUGAACACGGAGCAUGCAGAGGUGACGGUGAUCCCUGAUAGGCCGAGAGACAGCCAAACUAGCGACUCUGACUCCGACGGACCGAUCCUGUAUCGCGAUGAGGAGGAAGACGAGGAGGAGGACGAGUACACAACCAGCUCUCUGGCCAUUAAGAUCCGCCGACGAGACACUCUGAACAUCAAGCUUGGGAACCGACCCAGCAAAAGAGAGCUGGAGGAGAAAAACAUUCUUCCACGGAGCUCCGAGACAGAGAGACAUGAGCUCCGCCAGCAGAUAGGCAGCAAACUAGUCAGGCGCCUCAGCCAAAGACCCACCACAGAGGAGCUGGAGCAGAGAAACAUCCUUAAGCAAAAGAACGAAGCAGAGGAGCAAGAAGCCAAGCAGGAGAUUAAAAGGAGACUCUCCAGAAAGCUGAGUGUGAGGCCUACAGUGGCAGAGCUCGUUGCUCGCAGGAUCCUGCGUUUUAACGAGUACGUCGAGGUAACGGAUGCAAAGGAUUAUGACCGGAGGGCGGACAAACCCUGGACACGGCUUACUCCCGCUGAUAAGGCUGCUAUCCGUAAAGAGCUGAAUGAGUUUAAGAGCCGAGAGAUGGAGGUUCACGAAGACAGCAAACAGUUCACCAGAUUCCAUCGGCCCUGAGCACUAUCACUGCCAGCUGGACGUCAGCACCACAAGCUCUCCGGUCCACAUCUCCCAGAAAUCUCUCCCGGCCUUCAGAACACAAGCUCAGUCCAUUUUGCUUUGGGAUCCUCUUGCACCCGAUGAUACGUAUUUCUGUCUGUAGCGACAGAUACGCGAGUGUCUUAAGGCCUCGGCUAAUAUAUGGACACCGGUGAAACAUUUGCACAUAUAUAGUCAGAACAGUGAUGUGUACAGCGCUCUGAUUUAAAACCAUUUAUUUAUUAUGGUGGCCAGAACCUGCUGGUAUGGCGUGCCGUUUGUUUGUUUGUUCUUUGGUUGACUUCAGGCCUUGUAACGAGAGAUGUCAGGGAGGAAGCAUGGGCUAAAUUACCCUCUUAGUAGUAAACUCAAAUUGUACUAGAGCGUUUGUGUACUUGCCAACAUAGGCCUUGUUGUGAACUGCCAAAUGGCCAUAUAUGAGCAUCCUGCUAGGACAGGAAGUGGGAGUGAUUGGACGUUUCUGUGCUGAUGUCAGUAUCCGUGUCACAGAUCAGAGGGGAAGGGAGGCAGCUCGUUCUGCUCCGACGUGCCUCUUGGAGUUGAAUAUGGAAUACUGCAGUUCAUUUUUAGACAUAUUUAAAGUAUAUUGCCACUAGAGGGCAUUAUAUCACAAGAGAUUAUACAGAAUGUGUAUGUAGAUGAAGAAUAACCUGCAAGUGUUAUAUUUAUAACUGCUGAAGCUGAGGGGGGUUUUGCUGGACACCUGAGGCUCUAAGUGCAAUGGAAAUCACUCCAAUUCAAGCCAAUUCUAACGCCUCAGUGCUCUUCCUGAUGAUACAUGACGACCGUGUACCAUCUUAUAUCCUGUGUCGAGGUAUUAAACCUCUGAUCACAAAGUGCUGGACUUGCUGUUUAGAGGGCUUUGACUUUCAUUUGAGGCUUUUGGCCGGAGCUCUCACUCAGAGCGACGCAGUGCCAAAGAAAAGCAGGAAUUUGAUUGUAUGUUGUUGUUUUUUUUGUUUUGUUCUUUGGAAAGUUUACAGGUUUCAUUUUGUUCACUUCAUGUUUUCAAGGUUGUUCAAGAUUUCUUUUCUUUUUUUUAAAUAGAGAACUGGCACUGACAUGGCCUCUCAAAGAAGAAGUGCUUUAUUUUCCUCAAACAUGCUUUUGCAAUUCAGUCUGUCAGCACGUAACAGAAACUUGCUGACACGAAAUCCUUUUACGCCUUGUCCUGACACAUGCACUUUGAAUCCAACUCUGUUUCAAUCAACUCACAGUUUGAUUUGUCUUUUAAGCCAUAAGCCUGAGAAAUUAAAGGAAUUAGAAAUUAGUCUAUUAAUUAAUUUGUCAAUCAAAAGAAAAUUAAUCUGGAACUGUUUUUUAUAACUGAUUAAUAAUUUCAGUUAUUAUUGAAACAAAAAACGCCAAAGUUUUUCUUCUGAAACUUCAAUUUAAUAACAUACAACCGAAACUGCUUCAAAUUUGUCAUAUGUGAUUUAAACUUCAAAUCGAAUUUGACUAUUUUCUGACAUUUUUAUAAAUGAAACGAUUAUUCAGUUCAAUAAGAAACUAAUCAGCAGGUUGACAGUGACGAUGAGUUCGCUUCGCAUGAUCUUGUCCCGGCGAAAAUAUAAAUGAUAGUAUUUGCAAAAAUGUCAAAGUAUUAAUUUAAUAUCACUUAUAACGCAAAGGAAGCAGCAUUUCUAAAACCAUUUUAUAUUCUGCUGCUUCUUGGGAUUAAAUCUGUUAUUUUGUGCACUCUCACUGAUGUUUAGACUUUCAUAAGUCUGAAUUGAUUUAAAUUGUUAGGACAUUAAAUACAAAUUGGUAACACAGUUGGCUGCAUAACAACUUAACAACACUCCAGAUGAUCUACUUUUGUUUAAAUUUGCGCACAGACAGAAAUUUAGCGCAUGUGUAAAUUUAUGGUUUGUGAAACUCAGUCACUUGAAUCAUCAUUCAACUUUGAUGCAUUUAUAGAUUUUUUGCUUCCAAAUGUUCCACGGAGAUAAAAUCCCCAAAAAAGAUGUAUGUUAAUGCAAAAUGUAAAGGGGAUCAAUGUUUUUGUGUGAAUGCCAGAAUGUUUGAUGAAUUGUAGAAGGACGGAGAAUCUGAAUCUGUAACAUGCUCUCAAAAAAUAUUUAAUAUAAGAAGCUGGGUCACUAAAACAAACUCAACAUGACUCCCCUUACUCACUGCCCUGGAUACUUGUAUAAAAAUUAAACAAAACAUUUGUAAUCUUUUUCCUCCCGGCAUAUUUUGACUAUUAAUGAGUGGUUGGCUGAAAAGUGAUUGACAGAUUGAGCUUGCUGACGUCCAAAGGCUUGUGUUCUCGUAAUAGAUCUCCAACCUUCACGACACUUGUCACUCUUACAAAAAAGUAACUGAGAAGGUCAGAUUUAUUCUUUCUGCUUGUGAAAUGUGCUGAGAUUGUAACAUGUAGUAAUGUACAGCGAUGGAAAAAGAACCAACAGUAUUCAAUGAUGUCAAUGUCUAUGUUGUUAUAUAUUGAUUAUUUUGUACAGAAUGUAUAUCGAGCAUGUGCAUACGUUGAAAUCAAUUUUACUACCAAUAUGAUACAAUAGAAUUUUGAUGUGAAUGUUUUAAGAUCUGGUUUUAUUUUUAUUCUUCUGUUUUUUUUAAAUCAUCCCCAAACAAAUGAACAGUUCAGCACACACAGUGCUGUUUUUAGGCAGCAUACCGAGCACAUUAUGUUCAAUAAAUGUCACGUCAAACCUACCUGUUUCCUAAGCAGACCAUGGACAAGACAUUAGGGAUGAAAUCUUUCUGGUUAUUUCAUAUUCUGUCCCACCUUCACUUUAACUCCAAGUCAGCAGGGGCAAUGCAGCAGCUAUUUCAUGGAUGGUGACUCAGUUUAAAAGCAAUUUAUAAUCCUUUCUGGUCCUCACUUUUGAUUUAUUUCUACACAUGAAUAUAUUUCACCCUGCGCAAACUAAAAAAAACCCAACAGGAUGUCUUUUAAACAUGCUCAAAUUAGCUUCUACAAAACAUGAACAUGGUGCACACCAACGGCGAAUCUAAUAAGGGACCAGAAAGCUCACAAAAUAACCUUACCUUGUUACCUUGGUACAGCUUUGAACUCGUCAUGUGUGACUAAACAUGAAUAUGCUGCUUGCAUCUCUUUGAAAAAAACAACAAUAAAUAAAUCUGGAUGAAAUAUAA